GAGAGCACGAGGCUGAGAAAGGAAGCAGGGGCAAUGUUAUUUUUUGGCAAAGAAAUCUCAACAAAGCUUAUAAGCACCUAAGAUAAACAAACAUCAAUGUCAAAGCCAUCUGUUACAAGAG